AUGGCAAGCAGAAUUGUUAAGAAAGUUAAACGUGGUAGAAAAGAAUCUACUUCAAAAGAACAGAUACCAACUAUAGUAGUCACUCCACCCGAUAGCCGAGACAUGAAGGUCAAAGCGAAGAAAUCAGAUAACAUUAAAGAUAAUGUUAGAGAAACCGAAGCCUCGACAUCACAAGACACCAACAUAAUGGCUGAAUUCAACGUCAAUCAACUAAUAGCUGAGCUUUCGGAAAACUCUAGAGCGUCAAGAACAGAGAUAGAAACUAUACAGAGACGACUACUUCAGCAAGCAAACGAUAUAUUAAAAGUUAACGCUUUUGCUAACUCGUCUAAUAUAGAUACUCCAAAAAAUUAUACAAACAAACCUGUCUACGGUAAAAUACCUAUUGCGGUACCGAGAAAUCUGAACGGAAUAGUAAGUAGUGUGCCUAAUCCAGCUUUGGCAGAAUCUCGGAGUAAAGCGACCGUCACAGGUCACCGAGCCGAAACCCAAGAUGCACAACUCGUUCCGGAGAGGCUACAAGAGAUUCCCUCUCACGGUGCAAUGAUAAAUAGUGAACAGGGAAAUAUGCAAAGGGUCGCUAUGACGGCGGCGGAGGCGGGAAGGAGUAUUUUUUUCUACGAAACGGGUUCUGUAGCCGGCCGUUUGCCGCGCUUGGCGGCCAGUGCGCGCGCGCCUCCCACAGGUGAAUGUCUCGUACAUUUUUAUCGUAUUUUUUAG